ACUUAUCGCGCGUGGGCGGCUCUGGCCAAUAACGACUGUCGUUACAGCGAACAGUUUGGCCGUAUUUGUAAAAGGCCGCACCAGGCGAAGAGAGAAGAGACUGCCAAGAUCUCUAGUUAGGGCAGUGGGAAUCUUCUCUGACUGUGGAACAUUGGGCAGGAGGUUUGCCAUUGGUUGGUCCAGGAGGAGGAAGCAGAACAUCUGCAUUGUUACACCACAGUGUUCAAACUUCAGAAGACUGCUGGCUAAGUGGUGUCAUUUACUCUGCAAGUGAUUAUGUCUUUCCCUGUCCUCUCUGAUCAUCAGAAACUAAUGAAACACCUUUUAGGUUUGAUGAAUUCAGGUCAUACUAUUUUCCAGAUGCCCUGGCAACUGGUACAGGGCCUGUGAAAAAUGGAACCAAACUCUCUGAGGACUAAAGUCCCAGCUUUCUUAUCUGACUUGGGCAAGGCCACAUUGAGGGGAAUCAGAAAGUGUCCCCGAUGUGGCACAUACAAUGGAACCCGGGGACUGAGCUGUAAGAAUAAGACUUGUGGAACCAUAUUCCGCUACGGUGCACAGAAGCAGCCUAGUGUUGAGGCUGUCAAAAUCAUCACAGGCUCCGAUCUGCAGGUCUACUCAGUGCGACAAAGAGACCGAGGCCCUGAUUACCGAUGCUUUGUGGAGCUGGGGGUUUCAGAGACAACAAUCCAGACUGUAGAUGGGACCAUCAUCACUCAGCUGAGCUCUGGGCGGUGCUAUGUCCCUUCAUGCUUAAAAGCUGCCACCCAAGGCGUUGUGGAAAACCAAUGCCAGCACAUCAAGCUGGCCUUGAACUGCCAGGCAGAGGCCACGCCGCUGACCCUAAAGAGCUCAGUCCUAAAUGCAAUGCAGGCUUCCCCAGAAACCAAACAGACCAUCUGGCAGUUGGCCACAGAACCCACGGGCCCCCUGGUACAGAGGAUUACUAAAAACAUCUUGGUGGUAAAAUGCAAGGCAAGCCAGAAGCAUAGUUUGGGGUAUCUGCAUACAUCUUUUGUGCAGAAAAUCAGUGCCAAAAGCUUGCCUGAGCGCCGCUUCUUCUGCUCCUGUCAGACUCUGAAAUCGCAUAAGUUGAACACCUCCAAGGACGAAGCAGCCCAGAGAUGUAUUCAUUUCUUUGCCUGCAUCUGUGCCUUUGCCAGUGAUGAGACACUGGCUCAGGAAUUCUCAGACUUCCUAAAUUUUGAUUCCAGCGGUCUUAAAGAGAUUAUUGUGCCCCAGUUAGGCUGCCAUUCAGAACCAACAGUAUCAGCUUGUGAGUCUACUGCCUCUAAGCCAAAGAAGAGGAAAAAGGAUGAAGUUUCUGGUGCACAGAUGAACUCUUCACUAUUGCCUCAAGAUGCAGUGAGCAGUAAUCUAAGGAAAAGUGGCCUGAAAAAGCCUGUGGUUGCUUCUUCAUUAAAAAGGCAGGGCAAACCAGAGCCACUGGUGUUCCAUAUUCCUCAAUCCUUUUUUGAUGCCCUGCAACAGAGGAUAUCAAUAGGAAGUGCAAAAAAACGGCUUCCCAACUCUACCACAGCUUUUGUUCGGAAAGAUGCCUUGCCACUGGGAACAUUUUCCAAGUAUACCUGGCAUAUCACUAAUAUCCUGCAAGUUAAACAAAUCUUAGAUACCCCAGAGAUGCCCUUGGAAAUCACUCGUAGCUUUAUCCAGAACCGAGAUGGGACUUAUGAGCUGUUUAAAUGCCCUAAAGUGGAAGUAGAGAGCAUAGCAGAAACCUAUGGGCGUAUAGAAAAACAGCCAGUGCUUCGACCCUUGGAACUAAAAACUUUUCUCAAAGUUGGCAACACUUCCCCAGAUCAAAAGGAGCCAACACCUUUCAUCAUUGAGUGGAUCCCAGAUAUCCUUCCCCAGUCCAAGAUUGGCGAGUUGCGGAUCAAGUUUGAGUAUGGUCACCACCGGAACGGGCAUGUGGCAGAGUACCACGACCAGCAACCUUCUCUGGACCAGCCCUUGGAACUGGCCCCUCUGACCACUAUCACUUUCCCCUGAAACAAAACAAGAAAAUCUUUUUAUUGCUGAAUUUGCACAUCCCCACCCCUUGAAAACUUUAAAUACUAGUUAGGCACUUAGAUAUCUGCCCUUGUUCCUUAGUAAACUUCUCUUAGCUAAGAUAAAAUUUCUCAACACUUUCAAGUAGAUUCUGUUGAAGAAAAACUCUUCUUGUAAAUGGCCUUUCUGGUGCUGCUGUGUACCGGCUUCAUUAUACAUUGGGCAGUAUUUUUGAAGGGAACAAAAAGAAAACAAGCUCAUUUUCCUUCUUAAGGAUUCACCUUUAGAAUGUUUCAGACUUUGUCUAAUCUCUAAGAAGUUAGGACCAUUCAGCUUUACACCAACAGUGUUGGAAAGUUAACUAUACCCUGCUUAGGGCAGAAUGUUAAGGACUAUCCAGGCAGAGUUCUAGCCCAGGGCUUUAUUCUGUUCUCAAAUAAAGCGGAGUGUCAUUAAUUUUUCC